AUGCUUCGAUCUACUUUAUUCCUCAUCGCUGCCACCAGCGUCUCGGCCCUCGAACUCGGCUGCUUCACUGACCGUAGCGAAACCCUCUCUAAUUUUGUUAAUAAUGGGUUUUACGUUUUCCAGUCAAUGGGAUAUUGCCAGCAAGCAUGCGACAGUAUGGGACAUAGCUAUUAUGCUCUGAAAGGUACCGAUUGCUGGUGUGGUGAUGCUAUUCCGCCCAUCAGUGAUAUGGUUGAUCAUAGCAACUGUGAUAUUUCUUGUGCUGGCUACGUGAAGCAGAACUGUGGUGGCGCGCACGCCUUCGAGGUCUAUGUCUCAGGAUCCGAUGCUACUAUUCAUAGUAUCAUCAGUGCAUACUCGGGCGCCGCCACAGUUCCGGCCACAUUCGUCGCCUCAGAUAGCAUCACUAUUCUAGCAACCGCCACUACUGCAUCCUCAGAAUCACCCUCACCCUCGGCUUCAGAUAGCCUAGUUCCUACGACUGCUGCUGUUACCUCUGCCGCCGCUACAACUACUACAGCAUCAUCAUCAUAUUCUUCUUCUUCCUUCCCUUCAUCUUCUUCUUCUACUGUGGUUGUUCCAUCGCCGACUUCUUCGAGAACGAGUGUACCUACUGGUGCGGCGGCGGCUGUUAACGUGCAAAUCGGUUUUGGGUUGAUGGCUGGGUUGAUGGCUCUUAUGUUUGCGCUGUAG